AUGAAGGCAACUAAAUUUGUCGCCCUCUUUACUAUCUUUAUCAGCUCAGCCAUAGCCAUUAACGCUCCUGCUGUUGUCCAAAUGGAAGCUCUGGAAAAACGCGAGCUUGGGCCGCGUCAGGGAACUCCUCCUAACUCCCCAGCUCUCUUUGAGGAGGAGGAUGAGGAGGAUGAGGAGCUACGAAAGCAGUAG